UCCUCCACACUCUAAAGAUGUUCAUGCGCGUCGGGGUUCGGAAAGCGUGAACCUGACAUUUGGCUUUGCCUUGAUACUUGCUCUUCAUUUUUCAGCCAUAGCCGCGUUGCUUUGCUGCCGCCAACAUGCCUAGCCAUGCAGAGGCAACCAUGCCUUCAACACGACGUGCGCGCAAGUCAGUAGGAACGGGCCAGUCCCCAGCGCGCAAGAGGAUGGACAAGGAGAACAUCACCGUCGAUGUGGCCAGUUCUUUGGCCGGUAAUGGAGGCCGAAAGAAGUCACGAAGUAAGAGCAUGGGACCUGGAGGAUUCGAUGCACUCAAGCCAGGCUCCGGUAAUAGACGAGUGUCAUUGGCUGCGCCAGCGAGACCGCCCCCCAGAUCCAUCUUGAAGCCCACAAUGCCUAUAUUGCCAGAGAUACCUCCCCAUAAGCCCAAGUCGCGAUUUGGUUCCAGUAUCCAAGGGCGAGAGAACUCAGCUAGCCCCUUCGGAAGAGACGAUUCCAGCUCCUCUGGGACAAAGAUUGCCCUGCGCACAGAGGAAGAACAACAAUCCGCUGCACGCAAGCGCGACGAGGAGGAGAGGAAAGCCCUGGAAAAGGAGGUCAAGGAUCGCAGGGAGGCACGGCGAAAGUCUCUGGCCAACCGUAGGGUCUCCUUUGCCGCAGAGGCUACACUGCAUACUUUCCAAGUGAUGGAGUUCAUGCAAGAUUCUACAACGUCGACGGAUGAUAGAAGACGCGCAUCCUCACUCGCGGCACCACCACACGCCCCCACGCCAGCCAGUCCCGAUGCAUCAGAGCCGCCAUCUACGCCACCUGAGCAGGAAGACCUCGUGGCCGAUACACCAGAACACCAAAGAGAUUUGCAUCAGAAGAAGCGAAGACGAAGCUCGGUAGCUUCCACAUCCAACUUCCAUGAUCGGGUUGACGACACUCUAGCCUCUUCCGUCUAUAGUUCGGAUUCUGAAGCAACAGAUGGUGUGAUCGAAGAGCAUGAAGAGAUCAAUUCAGACUCAGCAAGUGACUCUGAUAAUGACGGAACGACAAUGGAUCUGGAUAUAGACGAGGUCACAGGCACAUCCAUCGCCUCAGGCCGCUCUAAUUGGACCGACCGCUCUGAUGAUUCAGUCAACGAUACAUUGGACGAUGCUCUACGAACGGCGCAGAUGCAAGCGCAGACUCAGAGCAUUGACGAGGAAGAGGAGAUCAUCCCGUCAUUUGGCUGGGCCAAAAAACCAGCGCCGCCACCCCGCAACGUCCCACAGGUACACCUUGGUCAAUCGAGUACCGACCAGGCCAGCGCGCCAGCUGGAGAUCAAGAGGAUGAACACGGCACCGAGAUGGACAUGGACAUGGACAUGGAAAUGACUCAUGCUAUGGGUGGUAUCAUCAAGUCCAAUGCGCCAGAGGAUGACAUGCUCGAUGAAGAAGAGAUGUCGAUGGAUGUGACCAAGGUCAUUGGAGGCAUUAUUUCUCAGCAGGUAGCCAACACACGCCAAGCAUCUAUCAGCCCCAGCAGAGUGAUAGAGAGCUCUCCAAUGCAGGACGCCACCAUGGAUAUGACUAUGGCGUUAGGUGGCAUUCGACAAGCUCACCCACCACAAGAUGAUCUUAUUGAAUUGGAAAGCAACAUAGACUACGAGGACAUGUCGAUGGAGCUGACAACCGUCAUGGGAGGUGUGUUGGGAUCGAAGCCAGCAUCAAGUGCAGGAAGAACGUCGAUUCCAAGCCGCCGACGAACCGUGGCGGGCGACGACGAAGCUACCAUGGAUAUGACCAUUGGCCUUGGCAGGAUUCUGCCGGCUAAUAAAGUUGUUUCGAUCGAAGACGACGAAGACAGCGAAGACAACCAGGACGAAGCAACCAUGGGCAUGGAAAUGACUACAGCCAUAGGUGGCAUUAUUGCAGAACCUUAUGCUGCGGAGUCCCGUGCUCUAGCCAAGCAUGUGAUGGAAGAAGAGGCCAACCAGAACGAUAGCACACCCGUCGCUGCCAACUCUCCCGCAAAGCGACGUCUAUCAGCUCUGGCUAUUGCCAACCCCACUCCUAACGCUGAAAGUCCCGGUUUCUCCCCUUUUCGUGGAAACCAAGUUCGUCGCAGUACAAAUCAAAGACAUGCAUCCUCAUCGCCCGUACGGAAUCUGUCUCCUGCGAAAUCAUCCAGCCCCUUUAAAGAGCUUACACCGAAGUCCAAGGCGCCCUCGUCGUCUCUCAAGACACCGCCUGCCAGAGGGUCAGCCUAUGGAAGUUCAUCACCUGUGCGACCCACCAAUAUAUCAACAACUCCCAAGUCUGUUCGGAAAAGCCCACAGAAAACUUGUCUCUUCCAGCAAGACCCUUCCACUGGCGUCUCUACACCGAGACAUGUGCUGACACCUCAGAACCGGCGACUUUCAGGCAUUGGGGCUGACCGCUCAGGACUAGGAUCUCCUAAAGUUGCACAGAUUUUAGACCGUCGUGGCUCGAUCGGCGAAACAGCGAGUGACUUCGUUCCUGAAAACCCAGGACGUGGCGUUACUUUCGCAGAUCCUCGUAUCAUCGAAAUCGAGGCCGAGAGAGAGCGUGUGGAGGACGAAGACAGGGAGAAUGGCCGAAAGAUCCUGGAAAGAGAAGCCGACGGUGAUGAUGAGAAUUUGACGGCUACUUUGAAGGGCAUGAUCUCUAGCAUGACGCCGAAGAAGAAGAGCGCUCCCUUCCGAGGACGCAAGAGUCUCGCCGUAGGAAGCGCAAGAGGCCUCUUGGGCAAGCGUCCAGCUGAGCUCGACGAUGAAGAUGAAGGCGAUGAAAGAGAUGGCAUCAAGAGACUUAAAGGCCACCAAAGUUCCCCUGUCAAGAAUGUACGGCUGAACGCCCCGCCGUCAAAAGCCGAGACCACCGGCCGCACAACCCGUGCCUCAGGUCUUAUGUUGGGGGAAACCAGCGGCAAUGCAGGUACACCGACUGCGUCUCGUUCUUCGCCAUUGAAAACUACGCUUGCGCUGUCUCCACAGGGAAAGGGCAAGUUCAAAGAUGUCGAAGAUCAACCUACCAACACAUUCAGCCUGGAGGAGCCAUCUCAUGUCACUGAAAUCGAUAUUCGUGAUGACGAUGGUGAGCGAAUGCAUCUGCAAGACUUCCUGAAUAUGACAAGCAUUCGGUUCAUGGAGCUUACGACCACCAAGCGACGCCACACUCAAGCUCCAGACGCUAUGCGGAAUAGCAUCCUGCAAAGCGAAGACGAUAUCUCACUUGAGCGCUGUGUUGUCGCUGGUGCUUGUACAGUUCCCAUGCUCGAAUUAUACCAGCAUUCUUGUCGUGAACUAAAAAAGUACAUCUCUGAAGGAAGACGGAUUGUUCGCGAGAUUGAGACCGAAACCCUGGAAGAGAACCCUCCCCUUUUCAAAGAGUACAUCUCUGCAUCGCCCGAGUUUAAGCUCCUGAUGGACAACCAAUUCAAGAAUGUCAAGACACACGCCCGAUUGUUGAGUAAAGCCAUGUGGUAUGAGUGGCGGACACAAUUGCAAGAUGGUCUCAAAGAAGGCCUGGCCAAGAUUGUCGAGGGCAUGGACGAUGAUGAGAGAGUCCUGCAGAAAGAAGAGGAAUUGCUUCAUUCGAUUCUGCCAGGCCUUCUCAGCAAAUUCGAAGCACUUCAAGCUGAGCACGAAACCCUUCAGGCGAUGGCUGAAGAGCUAGCUGAUUGCGACCCCGAAGACUUGCAAGCAGCCCGUGCCGAACUAAUGGAGGUCGAUUCUAAUAUGGAAUCGAAAAUGCGGCAAAUUGAGGCUUUGCAGAAAAGUCUCAAAGAAACCGAGGCAGCCGCUGAUCAAGUAGCUAAGCGAAAGCAAGAGUGUGUUGCUACGAUCGAAGAGGCAGAACAGGUUCGAGAAGAGUGCAGGGGGUGGAGCUCAAAUGAGAUCAACUCCUUGAAAGCGAGAGUGGAUGCCAUUGAGAAAGAGCAUGGUUGGAACAUCAGCGGCAUCACUGGCAGCAUGGUUUCCAUGACUUACCGUCGCGAGAUUGAGCUUGUAUUUGACAUUGCAUCGUUCCAGGGCAGCAGCAACUCCACUGAAACCGGCAACGCUAGUAACUCCCGCAUUGACCUCUGGUACAUCGCGGCCAAUCGGGAUCGCGAUCCACAGCCAGCCACGCCCGAAAAGGAAUUUUUCGUGCAAGCCAUUCGUGAUUACGUCAGAAGUCUGAACCAGGCGAGCACAAAGAUCUCCACUCUGCUCCGAGCCGUUGGUUCUGCAUGGACUAAAGCUGGCGCAGUUGCCAACGACAUCCACCUGUUGAACUGCACAUUUCCCAGCACGGUGACGAAGACGGGCGACUCGAGUAUCGCCGUCAGGACCGCGUUGUUGUUGGUAUCCUUGGAGACGAAGGUUGAGCUCACGCUAGGUCUUCAAGCAAAGCACACCUUUCAAGGUGUCCAGGUUGCCAUCAUCCCUGAAGCAAAAAUCAUAUAUGGCGAGCACUUCAAGGUUGAUAACGUGCGUGAAUACUUAUCUACACGUAUGGGAGAUAGUAUUGUGUCCAAGGCGGAUAAUCCAGAGCGGGAGCCCUGGAGUGAUAUUGUUGUUGAAUUGCACGAUAGGCUUAUGGCUCGAGGACGAAAGUAAAAUCAGUUUAGGGUACGAGUUAUGAUCUUGGGAUGGCAUUCGGCGUAUCUUAGGACUGCUGGAGUUUGGAGUUUGUUGCUUGGUAUAUCCCGGUGCGUAUGCUUGCAGAAUUGAC